AUGGCCUUGUUUGUGUUGCUUUCAGUGUGGCUGAUAGGGUCAAGUCACCUGGCUCGGGCCCAACGCUGCCUGGCAGAGAGCCGUUCUGUCUGGCCUUCCGACUACUGGAAGGCUCGUGGUGGGAUGCUGUACAUGUGGCACGAACUCAUGACCCUGGUGGAGCGACAGAGCGUACUUAUACAUCUGGGCUCCAACGACAUCUGCAAGAGGAAGGCCAGCCAGCUGUACCAUCCAUUUUGCCAUGUUGCGGUUCACUUGCUAAUCCUCAGACCACCAUCCUUUGGUCAGACAUGCUGCCAAGGUGGCACUGGCAUGGAGCCAAUUGCUACGAUGCGGUUGAAAUGGACAGGAAGAAGGUCAACAGACGGUUGGGCAACCAUGUUAGGGAGCUUGGGGGUGCACAUUCAGCAUCCAAAGAUUUGUGCUGGGGACAGUUCCCUCUGUGUCUGGGACGGAGUGCACCUAUCAGUCAAAGGACUGCACAUUUUCACUAUCUCAAUCCGCAAAUCCCUGAUGCCAAUCAAACCGGAGAAUGGACAAUUCAAGACGGAUGUUUGAACCAGCAGAGCAAGGCGUUUUCUGUGUGUUGCUGUUCUGUUUAUUGGAAACACUUUUGCCUUUUUCUGCAUAUCGCUCUUGGGACCUUUCAACCCCCGUUGAGCAAACCUGAGAAUGGACAAUUCAAGUCACGCGGACGUUGGAACCAGCAGAGCAAGGCGUCUUCUGUGUUUUGCUGUGCUGUUUAUUGGAAACACUUUUGCCUCUUGCUGCAUAUCGCUUUUGGGACCUUUC